CGUGCUCGAUCAAAUUCUUCUUAGCAGGUCCCACUCAUGUAAUUAAACAAGCUGCCAUCUGUAUUGCUUCCUUUAGUUGGUGCAAGGAUGAAAGCAAAAGGCAUUAUGCAUAAUUAAAACAGCAAAGGAAAAGGCAGUUAUAAGCAUAUGAUGCCUACCAAACGCACUAGGUUUAUUUUAUCCUCUUAUAUCUCUGAAGUGCUUAACUUUGCAAGCAUAUGACAAUUAAUUAUAAGCAUAUGAUGCCUACCAAACGCACUAGGUUUAUUUUAUCCUCUUAUAUCUCUGAAGUGCUUAACUUUGCAAGCAUAUGACAAUUAAUGGUUUCUUCCAUGGUUUCUUCCAUGGCGCCAAGUUUGGCACUAGAUCCUUGGAGUGUGUAGCAAGCACAAGCAUUGGAUCUUCUUUUUCUAGCUUCCUCUUUUUUUCCAGGUCCGAUCCACCAACAGCAUAUAUAAGUGCUGGCUCAUACCUGCCUGUCGCCUUGCUUUUCACUGCUAAUCGCAUUCUCGAGAGCACAUAGCCCAAGACCCGAGGUGCCACGCCUGCAGCAAAUUGAGGACGUACGGGACGGUCAAGCUAUGGCCGCCGUCGCUGCCAUGGUACCAUACGUGAAGAAUCUGAUUGCGGGCAUGGCAAAAGAAGAGGUGAACAUGUUGUUGGGCGUAUCCGGCGAGAUCACCAAGCUGGAGGACAACACGGAAAGCAUCAAAGCCUUCCUGGCGGAUGCUGAGAGGAGGCGCGUCACCGAGAAGAGCAUCCAAAGAUGGGUGAACAAGCUCAAGAAUGCCAUGUACGACGCCACCGAUAUCCUAGACCUGUGCCAACUCAAGGCUGACAAGAGGAGGGAAUCUGAAGAUGGCAGCAUGGACAAGAAGGCUCCUAGUUGCUGCCAGUCAUUGCUCUUCUGCCUGCGGAAUCCUGUGUUCGCGCACAAGAUUGGCAGCCGCAUCAAAGAUCUGAACCAGCGUCUUGAUGACAUCCGCAAGGGGGCUGAUCAGUUCAACUUUAAUAUCAUGUUUGGUUCUUAUCAAGACAGGAGGAUGACCAGCCAAACUGAACACUCCAGCCGCAAGGCAAUGUCAGAGUUUGAUGAGUCAGCCAUUGUUGGGAAGAAUGUCGAGAAUGAUAUGAAGUUUCUUAUCCAAGAACUAAUCAUUGAUGACAACAACAACGACAACAACAUCAAGGUAGUUUCCAUAUCUGGCAUGGGUGGCAUCGGAAAGACCACCCUUGCCCAGAAGAUCUUCAAAGAGACAACCAUCCAAAAGAACUUCAAAACUAAGAUAUGGCUGAGCAUUGGCAAGCAUUUUGACGAUGCUGAGUUACUGAAGUCUGCACUCAAACAUGCUGGCAGAGAUCUUGGUGAGGAGAGAGACAUCUCCCGCCUUGUAUGGAACCUCACUGACGCCUUGUCAGCGAGCAAGUUCCUGGUGGUGAUGGAUGACAUUUGGAGUGAUGAAGCAUGGAGUAAUGUACUUUGUAUUCCAAUCAGAAAUGCUAGCCGGAAUAAACCGGGGAGUAGGGUCCUUGUCACUACAAGAUCAAAAGACUUAGUUUUAAAAAUGGGAGAAUCCUUCCACCAACAUCAUGUCAGCCCGUUAGACGAGGAGGAUGCCUGGUCCCUGCUCAAGAAACAAUUGACACCUAAUCAGGUAGUCGGAAUUGAGCAGCUGAAAAAUAUCGGGAUGGAUAUUCUUAAAAAGUGUGACGGCUUACCCCUUGCAAUUAAAGUGAUCGGAGGACUGCUAAGCACGAGGUACCCAAGCGAGCGUGAGUGGAAGGCUGUUUUGGACAGUCCCGCAUGGUCAGUAGGUGGACUGCCUGAGCAACUGGACAACCGGCUCUACUUGAGCUAUGAGGAUUUGUCUCCCCAGCUGAAGCAGUGCUUUCUAUACUGCUCACUCUUCCCUAAAGGUGCAAUAAUUAUACAACAAGUAAUUACUCCAAUGUGGAUCAGUGAAGGAUUUAUUCAACCUCUGGGUGCGAGUAGCAGUUUGCACGAUGGGUGUGGUGGGUUAGAAGACAUAGCAAUCCAGUACUACCGAGAGCUAAUCAACAGGAAUCUCAUAGAACCUACAAAAGAACAUUCUUUCACAGGAUAUUGGUGCACCAUGCAUGACGUGGUCCGCUCCUUUGCUGAACACAUGACAAGAGACGAAUCUCUGGUGGUGGUUGAUGACAAGCAAGCUUGUACUACACUUCGUGGUGGCAGCAGCAGCAUGCUUGUCCGUCGCCUCUCACUAGGAAGGACCAUAACACUAGCAGACUGGGCUGUUUUGCAAAGGCGGAAGUCACUUAGGACACUGAUUAUAGGUUGUAGAUUAAACUUGAAGUCUGGUGAUAUGCUAGGUAGUUUCUCUAGUCUGCGGGUACUGUGCAUACGCUCUUUACAUUUAGAUAGGUUGGUUGCCUCUCUAUCGAAGCUGAAGCACCUAAGGUACCUUCACUUAGAGGAUACAGAUGUGUCUAGGCUACCAGAAGACAUCCACAAGAUGAAGUUUCUACUGCACAUGUACCUUCUCAAUUGUAAGAAGUUGGGCCAUCUACCUAGCAGCAUCACAAAACUUGUCCAUUUAACAAGUCUAGCACUAAAUGGCACGAAUAUCAGUGCCGUGCCUAAGGGGUUUGGUGGCUUAUCAAAUCUGACGUCACUUUAUGGGUUCCCGGUACACGUGGACGACAUGGAUGCUGGCAGCAGCAGCUGGUGCAGUUUGCAAGAGCUGGCACCUCUUUCUCAGCUUAGGGAUCUCACACUACAUGGCCUUGAGAAGGUGCCUGCCUGCUGGAUGGCUGAGAAGGCCAUGAUUAGCAGCAAGGCCCACCUCAACAAUCUAGAGCUGAACUAUAAUAAUCAGGAGGCCAACGAGAAGCAGCAGCAGGAGGAGGUCUUGGAAAAGCUCUGCCCUCCGACCUGCAUUGAGAAUAUACGUGUGUUAGGGGGGUACGUUGGUUGCCACCUACCCAACUGGAUGUGCGCACCAGCAUCGGUGGAGUUUAAGAGCCUGAGGUAUUUGACGCUGCAGGACCUGCCUUGCUGCACACAUCUCCCAGACGGACUGGGUUGCCUCCCAAGUUUGGAAUAUCUUGACAUCACAAAUGCACCAGCCGUCAAACGAAUUGGGCCUGAAUUCCAAGCCUCCUUGGCUCCAUCGGCAUCGGCGGCACAUCCUCCGUUUCCUAAACUGGGAUGGCUGCAACUGGUAUGGCUUUGUGAGUGGGAGGAAUGGGAUUGGAACAACGACGGUUGUGAGGAGCAGCAGAGUGAUGCGAAAUCCGUUAUAGCCAUGCCUUAUCUUGAGGGACUAUACAUAAGAAACUGCAAGCUGAGGUGUCUUCCACCAGGGCUCGCCAACAGCAAGAGGCAUGCUCUGAGGGAACUGUACCUGUACAAAAUCACCAACCUGGUAUCCGUGGAGAACUUUCCUACUAUUGUGAAACUUGACGUGAUCGACUGCCCCGAUCUCAAGAGGAUCAACGGCCUCUUGAUGUUGCACAAGAUCAGGAUCAUCCGCUGCCCGAACGUGGAGGUGCUGGAAGGUGUCCCAGCACUUGAUAGCCUUGUGCUGGAGGACGCCACCAUGGAGGCUCUUCCAGGAUACCUGCGAGGUGUGAACCCAAGGUAUCUCAAUCUGGGUUGCAGCAAGAAGCUGUGGGAAUCCUUGUCAUCACCAGGUAGCUCCGAGUGGAACAAGAUCAACCAUAUCGGAAAACACAAUAUUGUCUUGUUGGAAGAUUGAGAUGCAAGCUCGCUGGAAUAUUCAGAUGAAGUUCGAGUACUGCACGGCUGGAUAGAAAUCAAUUCAUGCGUUCCUUCAGGGAGAAAAGCUAUGAUUCCACCGGACAUCAUACUCUGCUGAUGAAACAGAGUCGUGCUGAUAUGAAAAUUAUCCAUGCAUUCCUUCAGCGAGGAGGUAUGCUUCCGGAACCACACCGAGGCACACCCGGGCAUUGUAUUGUUCAGUGAAACAGAGUCCUGAUGCAGCCAAGACACACCAAGACACAUCCUUCAACGGGACGGAAAUAAAUGCAACCGUCGUUUCUCAUAGAAUUAAUUAUAAUAAUAAGAUUCUAGUCGCAUGCAUGUAUAUUUUUUUGCCCUUGUUUAAUUUCCUAGUACUGAUCCGGCUGAGAGUUGAGGAGUCUGAUUUCCCUCAUUAUAGUUGGGGUUAUUCUACAAGAGUCAAUAAAAGUACAGCUACAUGUUGCCAAUCAAGCGAAGUAUGAUUAUUUUAUAUAAUUUAGUACAGUAUGAUGAUGUGAGGUGAGGAGACUGCCCUGUGCCAGCAGGCGUGCAGAGGACAUCUGGUGAUGGCCUAGUUUGUUAACAUUAUUCGGUAAUGCUAGGAUCAGGCAUCCGAUGGAUCGGACGCCGUCCCCACCAUUCCAUUACUCUUCCUCCCGUUCUUCUGGACCAGGCGGUAGCGAGCGGCGCGCAAGGUUGGAGGCGGCGACGUCCAAAACCGGUGGCGAGCCCUCCACAGCGGU